UUCACUCUUGAACGCAGCUUAGACCCGCUGACUGCAGAAGACUGAGACUCGGACUUUGUACCAAACUCGUAGCUACUAAUCUGAGCCCCAGCAGUAGAAGUCAUGUCCGGGCCUCCUCCUGCUAUCAUCUGGGAGCAUGAAGUGGAGCGCCUGCUGCAGUACAGAGAGCUAAUCCCUCGUCUGGAGGAGGCUUUGGGCAAAUUCUCCAAACGGGACAGUGCUGAGGUGAUCCAGCCUGUGCGCUCCACGGUGCCCCUUCAGAAACACAGUGGGUUCCUUGGACUGAUGCCGACAUACAUGGAGAAUGACGGAGUUCUGUCCACAAAGCUUGUGUGUUUCUACAACAGAGAGACUCAUUCCUCUUUACCAGGUGUUCAAGCCACAGUGGUGCUAUUGGAUCCAGAGUACGGGAAUGUUAAGGCUGUCAUAGAUGGAGAAGUCAUCACAGCUAUGAGGACCGCUGCAGUCUCGGCCAUCUCUGCCAAGCUGCUGAUGCGUCCUGGAGCAGAUGUUCUGGCCAUCCUGGGAACCGGCAAACAGGCCCUGAGUCAUUUCAAUGUCUUCACCGAAAUAUUUCCAUUCAAAGAGGUUCGAGUGUGGGGUCGCAGUAGAGAGCGAGCAGAGAAGUUUGUGCGCUCAGUUGGAGGUGCUGCGAGGGCAUGUGGCUCAGCGGAGGAGGCGGUGAGGGGGGCUGACGUCAUAGUAACGGUAACCAGGAGUACCAAGCCGGUGCUGUUCGGUCAGUGGGUCAAACCAGGAGCCCAUGUGGCGGCAGUGGGAGCCUGCAGACCAGACUGGAGGGAGAUGGACGACGUGCUGAUGAAGGCGGCUGUGGUUUACGCUGACAGCAGGGAGGGAGCCAUGGCCGAGUCUGGAGAUGUCAUCCUCUCAGGGGCUGAAGUGUUUGCAGAGCUUGGAGAUGUUAUUAACGGGACCAAACCUGCCCUCAGAGAGAAGACAACUGUGUUUAAAUCUCUUGGCAUGGGAGUUGAAGAUGCAGUUUCUGCCAAGUUGGUAUUUGACCAAUGGAAAGCUACAGCCAGCCAUGUGUGAAGAGGAAUCCUGACCUGUUUGAUCUGUGCUGAUCAAGAUUAAGGCAAUAUAUACAUGGACCAGAAAUUAUAUCUUUCAGUCCAAAAAAAGCUGAUUGACCUGCCAAUAACACCAUAUGUAUACCAAUCCUGCAACAGAAAUGUGCAUGUAAUUCUAAAAUAGUGAGUUGAUUGCUCAUGUAGUAAAUAAACAGGACAUUCCAAACA